AUGGGGAAACAUGUGGUAGCCAUCCUUCUCCUUUCCAAUCUCUUGAUGAGCCUCGCCUGCGGCCCGCCAUGUCACCCCCCCAAACAUCCCCCCAAGAUCAAACCCCCCCACGCGAAGCCCCCCCACAAGCCACCAGUCAAGCCGCCGCGCCCGCCAGUCAAGCCCCCGCGUCCGCCGUCGGCACCGCCCCAGAUUCCGCCGCCGCCCGCGCCGCCCCCGCCGCCGCCGCCGUACCCCGCUCCAUCGCCUCCGGUUGCACCAGUUGCCCCCCCUGCGCCGCCUGUAGGGCCGUCCCCGCCGCCGUCGCCGGCGGUGGGGCAGUGCCCAAUCGACGCCCUGAAGCUGGGGGCGUGCGUGGACCUGCUGAGCGGCCUGGUGCACGUGAUAAUUGGGAGGGAGGUGAAGGAGAAGUGCUGCCCGCUGAUCCAAGGCCUGGCGGGGCUCGACGCCGCCGUCUGCCUCUGCACCACCAUCCGCGCCAAGCUGCUUAACCUCAACCUCAUACUCCCUAUCGCCCUCGAGCUCAUCGUUGGCUGCGGCAAGUCCGUCCCCCCUGGAUUCCGCUGCCCUCCCCUCCACUAA